AGAAUACAGGGGGGCGCCGACACUGAUCUUGCAUACCCCUCGGCAAAUGUGCAGUUGCGCCCCUGGUGCUGGCGCAAUGUUUUUGUGACUUUCGCAGUCUGUAACCGGUACCAUGGCGUCUGGCGAGGAGGACGGAACUGUUGAGGAGAAAGAAACCAACAACAAGAAGCGGACGAAAGGCACCAUCGCAACGGCAUGGCUCACGUUCUACAAUAUCGCCAUGACAGCUGGGUGGCUUGUAUUGGCUGUUGCCAUGGUCCGGUAUUACCUUCAGAAAGGCACCCAUAAAGGCUUGUACAGAAAUAUAGCCAGGACACUUAAAUUUUUCCAGACAUUUGCACUACUAGAGGUUGGACACUGUGCUAUUGGAAUUGUGCGGACAUCUGUAAUUGUGACUGGGGUCCAAGUAUGUUCUCGGAUAUUCAUGGUUUGGUUUGUUACAAACAGCAUCAGACAGAUUCAGAAUGAGGAGAGUGUGAUCUUGUUCGUAGUAGUUUGGACGAUUACAGAGAUCACUCGCUACUCUUUCUACACUUUCAACUUGCUCAAUCAUCUGCCAUACUUCAUCAAGUGGGCCAGGUAUAACAUGUUUAUUGUCAUGUACCCCUUGGGAGUAAUCGGAGAACUGCUGACCAUACAUGCCUCCUUACCGUAUGUGCGGAGAUCUGGCAUGUAUUCCCUGAGGCUCCCCAACAAAUACAAUGUGUCCUUUGACUAUUACUACUUCUUGAUCAUCGUCAUGCUGUCCUACAUCCCGUUGUUUCCUCAGCUGUACUUCCACAUGCUACGUCAGAGGAGGAGGGUACUUCAUGGAGAAAUCAUAGUAGAGAAAGAUGAGUAGAAAGACACCACUAA